UUCUGGUCACCUUACUAUAGAAUGGGUAUCAAAAUGUUAGAAUCGGUGCAGAGGAGGAUGACUAAGAUGAUUCAGGGGUUGAGAAACUUGCCAUACGAGGAAAGACUCAAACAGUUAAACUUGCAUUCUCUAGAAAGGCGAAGGGUGCGUAGAGACAUGAUAGAGGUUUAUAAAUGGAUGAAGGGCUUUAAUAAGGGAGACAUUCAUAAGGUUUUGUUGGUAAGAGAACCGGGUAGGACACGAAGUAAUGGGUUUAAACUGGAUAAAUUCAGAUUGAACAGGGACAUAGGCAAAAAUUGGUUUACUAACAGAGUGGUGGAUGAGUGGAAUAGGCUUAGCAGUCAUGUGGUGAGUGCCAAUACAAUUGUCACAUUCAAAAAUAGAUUAGAUAAAUUCACGGACAGCGAUAUUAGGUGAGGUAAGAUACACGGGAGCUUAGGUUCAAAGGAGCUGCCUUGUACAGGCCUACCGGCCUCUUGCAGACUCCUACGUUCUUAUGUUCUUAUGUUCCUUGACCGUUCCCUUGAGGUCAGUUCCAGCACUAUCACAAGCUCUCCCUUCCUCGGCCAUUCCCUUGAGGUCAGUUCCAGCACUAUCACAAGCUCUCCCUUCCUCGCCCGUUCCCUUGAGGUCAGUUCCAGCACUAUCAUAAGCUCUCCCUUCCUCGGCCAUUCCCUUGAGGUCAGUUCCAGCACUAUCACAAGCUCUCCCUUCCUCGGCCAUUCCCUUGAGGUCAGUUCCAGCACUAUCACAAGCUCUCCCUUCCUCGGCCAUUCCCUUGAGGUCAGUUCCAGCACUAUCACAAGCUCUCCCUUCCUCGGCCAUUCCCUUGAGGUCAGUUCCAGCACUAUCACAAGCUCUCCCUUCCUCGGCCAUUCCCUUGAGGUCAGUUCCAGCACUAUCACAAGCUCUCCCUUCCUCGGCCAUUCCCUUGAGGUCAGUUCCAGCACUAUCACAAGCUCUCCCUUCCUCGGCCAUUCCCUUGAGGUCAGUUCCAGCACUAUCACAAGCUCUCCCUUCCUCGGCCGUUCCCUUGAGGUCAGUUCCAGCACUAUCACAAGCUCUCCCUUCCUCGGCCAUUCCCUUGAGAUCAGUUCCAGCACUAUCACAAGCUCUCCCUUCCUCGGCCGUUCCCUUGAGAUCAGUUCCAGCACUAUCACAAGCUCUCCCUUCCUCGGCCAUUCCAUUGGGAUCAGUUCCAGCAAUAUCACAAGCUCUCCCUUCCUCGGCCGUUCCCUUGGGAUCAGUUCCAGCAAUAUCACAAGCUCUCCCUUCCUCGGCCGUUCCCUUGAGGUCAAUUCCAACACUACCACAAGCUCCCCCUUCCUCGGCAAUUCCCUUGAGGUCAGUUCCAGCAAUAUCACAAGCUCUCCCUUCCUCGGCCAUUCCCUUGAGAUCAGUUCCAACACUACCACAAGCUCCCCCUUCCUCGGCCGUUCCCUUGAGGUCAAUUCCAACACUACCACAAGCUCCCCCUUCCUCGGCAAUUCCCUUGAGGUUAGUUCCAACACUAUCACAAGCUUUUCAUGAGCAACUUUUACGGGUUAAUAGGUACAUAAAGAAGGCUAAUUGUCUCUUGUUAGUUAUAGUAGGGCGCUAAUAGGUAUGAUAAAAGUAAUUGAAGGUGAAGUACAUGGCGUUUAAUAAGAUGGAGGCGGUUUAGAAGAAGCUGCCGCCGUUGUUUUUUGUGUUGGUAAUGAUGUUUUUUUGUGUUGGUAACGAUUGAUUUGUUUUUAGUGAGGGAGAGCUUGGAAAAAGGCCGUGAGGGGUGGAUUAAAAUGGCUUCAGAAUAGAUAUAGUCUUUUACUGAUGAGAAAUUUAAAGGUUAGAGAUGAGAAAUAGCCUUUUAAAAUGAUGAUGAUGGUGAUGAAGAAUGAAUGAAGAAAUAAACAGGAAAGGAAUAUGAGAAAGGAAGAAGAGGAGGAGAAGAAGCAGGAGGAUAGUGACGAGAAAGACGGAGAGAAAAUAGAAAAAGGAAGAAAAGGAGGGAAAUGAAAGCCUGA